AUGUCGAAUAUAAGAAAAUUAUCAGCGUUCCGUCAGCUAUCUUUAAAUUGCUCGCCAACUCCGGAACAGCGAAGAAAAACUUUAAAAAAACAAUUUUCCGAGGACAUACCGGAUUAUAAAGAAAAAUGGAUCGAUCCUGGAAUAGGAAUCAAAAUAUCGCUGAAUACUAAAACCAGCCGAAAUCUGGACCGUCCUCCUCCAAUCAGGAUAGCCUGGGAGGAAAACACACCACAAUUAAAAGCAGAGGACGCGGUGAUCAUAAAAAAAUGCAAGGAAGUAAGAAGGGGUUCUACCGGCAAACUGUCCAAGCAGAAUUCUUUGGAAAAGAACUCUAUUCUGCAUUCAAAACACGAACUAACGGAAAGAUUCAAACAAAACGUCAAAGAGAAAGAACCGGAGAAAACUAAUCUUAAAAUAUUCUUAGCGCACAACCCCAAAGAGCAAGCCGAUGAAAUAUAUAGUAGCCAACAAGACAGAGACACUGAACAGUAUCUAGAAAAAAAUUACGAAAGGCCAAAGCUUAUUCAACCGUUAAUGUCAAAUGUAAGUAAUAACAGUAAAAAUUUGUUUCAAAUUCGUAGAAACUUCAAACCCAAAAUUAAUCUAGCUGAAAUCGCUUACUCUCCAACAAGAUCCAGCGAAGUAGACACAAACAUUGCAAGAAAUGACACUGUAGUCGUAGUACCAAUGGUAGAGAAAGAACAACUUACACCUAAGCAAGGUAGCGCUGAACAGCUAGGCAAAGACGACUUAAAACCCAUAGAUUCCAUAAUAAUAAGACCCGUGACGGCAGCUUCCAAACGCGAAAAAUUCCAAAAACGGACAAAUUCAGCAUUUAACAACACUAUUAACGAAUCACCACACAACAGGCCACCACUGAUCAGGUCAUCUUCCGCUCCCAGUAAAUCAGAACGGGGCAGACAAAAGUUUUCAGCCACCAAACGUAAAAUAAAAACUAUUAAGAGAGUCCAUUUAAAAACCAAUAUAGGAGGAGACGAAAUCGAAGAAAACGCUUGUAACAAAGAAAAUCCUAAAAGUCAAAAAGUGCUGAACCGUACAGCGGUCGUGAACGGAUCGGAAAUCGUCACCAUGGUGUCUUUAGUCAGUCCGGCUGGAAGCGAUGCGGAGGAAGAGACAGAGAAAGAGGAAACAAAGGAGAAAUGUAAAAACAAAACAGCAAACGUUAAAAACGCUGCUCCGAGAGACGAAAGAGAAUCGCCAAAGAAUAUGUCUCUGAGAAAAACUGUCAAAUCAGUGUCAUUUCAGCAGUCAAGUAUACAUGCCAUUAGGAGUUUUUCUGCGAGUUUUCCUGGGAGACGCGGUUCUGUGGCCACCGCCCUUAUGUUGGGCAACAAUUCCAAGACUAAUUUGCACAGUACAAAAGCACAAGAAAAACGAAGUACAAAUUCGAACACGCCAGAUGACGACGAGAGAGUGCCAAAGCGACGCCUGCUCAGAAGCGAUACUCAGGAAAAACAGAACCCCGUCAGUUCUAAAGAGCCCAAACACGUCGAACAGAACGAUUCCACUGAUACCGAGGAAAAACCGGCGAAUGAACCUAAUUUUUCAGUUGCUAUAAAAACGAAAACCAUUGAGGAGGUCGACGAUUCUACGCCAGCGACCAAUGGGAGUAAAAUUCAAACCGAAGCGAAAGUGGAAAUCCAUCCUGAAGAAGUAGUAAAAGUUAAAGAUGAUGCAAAAUAUGAAUCCCAAAAAGAGAAGCAGUGUUGGGAUCUUUACUGCAAAAUGACAGAGAAGGGCAUUAACGUAUCUUUUGAUACGAUUCUGAGAGGGAUGCUGACGCCUACUGAAUAUAGAAUAAGUAGAAAGAAUAAUUUUGUACCAGAGCCCGAAGAACCAAAUGCUUGCUGA